AUGAGCCGGUCAUAUUUGCUCUCCGUCUUGCUCGGUUAUCUCCAAACGGACACGGUUUGGAGCUGUCUCUCCAUAGAAGAGCCGACGAAGCUCAUGCCGGUUCAGUCGGGGCGCUCGGUUUCUCUGCCCUGCAACAUCUCUUCACGUUGCCCGGGCCCUGUCCAGUACCAGUGGUUUGUUUUCAGAAAGCACUCUCAUCACCAGAUUCACUCGGAUGCCGUGAAGUACAUCCUGGAGACGUCGUCGCUGCAGAUCAACGAGCUCGGUGAGGAGGACAGCGGGAUCUACCACUGUGCAGCAUUUGUCAACGGGACACAGUCACCGGGGGCGCAAGCCAUCGGGCUCGGCACGACGCUGGUUGUGAGGGUGAACCAGCACAUGAUAUGGCAUAUUCUGCUUUGGUUACUGUUCGCUCUCUUGCUCAUCUUCAGCCUGGUGAUGAUGAUAUUCAUUUAUCAUAAGAAGGCUGACGGUCUCCAGUCCCAACAGUCUGUUCAAGGCAUCUAUCAGAACCUCUAG